AGGAGCUCGCUCGUUCUCCCGUUCCGCACUCUCUUUGUAUGCAUAUCAAUACCUAACUGCAGACUUCUCUCUAAGCCGUAAUUCUUAUUGCAAUUUCUAGGGGUGAAAAGCAAGGAAUGAAAUCCUAAGCCUGAGCGCAAAUCGCAAACAUAUGCUGCACCUUUUUUUUUUUCAAAUUAACGAGGAAAAAAAGGGCACGGAGACGCCUGCAUCCAAAAGAUAACCUGUUUUGAUGUGGAGAUUGAGUCUGAAGAUCUGCAUCUUGUAUACUGGCUUACAAGGAUGUUGCUUCUGUGUAGUGUAUCAGGACUACCUUUGCUGCUGUUUGUUGCAGGCAACGUCAUAUCUCCUAAGGACACUGGGGACGUCAAAUUUUGCUGAUCUUAGCAUCUUUGGACCAUUAUAGAGGAAGCAUAAUUGAAGAGAUAAAGCGCUAUCCUCCUCCAAGAUCGGUAUCCCCGUUCCUAUCGCCUUCUGCUUCUCGGGCUUCGAGCUAUUGUUCAAACGGAGAACCCGGCGGGCUGAGGCGCAGACCCUCCCGCAUCUCCCCGACACCAGUUAUCUCGGCGGAUGCAGGGGAGUUUGUGGUACUGCAUAGCAGUACCUGAAUGAUUGUCAGGACCUGGAAAGACUGUGGACCGUGGGAUUUGAGACUAAGGUCCAAAAUAUUGGAGGUUUAUUACUGGCACUGGGUUUUUUUGAGAGUAAGCAGGCGUCCCCCGAGACCUGAAACCCACAUCAUUGGCUUAUACGUGCUGGAGGCGACGCAUAAUAGCAGGUGCACCAGGCUGUGGCCCUGUGGUCCUCAACCACCAAAAUAAUAAACAGGGCUCAUCACAUUGCCCUUACUUCUCACACACAAAACAACCUCAGCUCCACUGAGACGUGCAGGCCUUCUCUCCUUCCAGAAUGACAGUAGCCACUGGGGACCCCACAGAUGAGGCAGCUGCACUUCCUGGCCACCCUCAAGACACCUAUGACCCUGAGGCUGAUCAUGAGUGCUGCGAGCGAGUGGUCAUCAAUAUCUCAGGGCUGCGCUUCGAGACGCAGCUCAAAACUCUCUCCCAGUUCCCAGAGACGUUGCUUGGAGAUCCCAAAAAGAGGAUGCGUUACUUCGACCCCCUGAGGAAUGAAUAUUUCUUUGAUAGGAACCGCCCCAGCUUUGAUGCCAUCCUUUAUUAUUAUCAGUCAGGCGGGAGGUUGAGGAGGCCAGUCAAUGUGACCCUGGACAUUUUCUCAGAGGAGAUCCGUUUUUAUGAGUUAGGGGAAGAGGCCAUUGAGAUAUUUAGGGAAGAUGAGGGCUUUAUCAAAGAAGAAGAAAGACCGCUUCCUGAGAAUGAGUUCCAGCGGCAAGUGUGGCUGCUCUUUGAAUAUCCUGAAAGUUCAGGGCCAGCCAGGAUUAUCGCCAUCAUCUCUGUAAUGGUCAUCCUCAUCUCCAUUGUCAGCUUCUGCUUGGAGACCCUGCCUAUUUUUCGCAAUGAAGAGGAAGACAUGCGAAAAAACAUCUACCAGCCAUACUCAAACAGUACCUCCAGUUAUCAGUCCACCUCAUUUACUGAUCCAUUCUUUAUUCUGGAGACCUUGUGCAUAAUCUGGUUCUCUUUUGAGUUCCUGGUACGGUUCUUUGCCUGCCCAAGCAAAGCAGGCUUCUUUGUCAAUAUCAUGAACAUAAUAGACAUUGUGGCCAUCAUUCCCUAUUUCAUCACAUUGGGAACAGAGCUGGCUGAGAAGCCUGAAGAUGGCCAGCAAGGUCAGCAAGCAAUGUCACUGGCCAUUUUGAGGGUCAUCAGACUGGUCCGGGUUUUCCGUAUCUUUAAACUGUCCAGACACUCCAAGGGGUUGCAAAUCUUGGGACAGACCCUGAAGGCCAGCAUGAGAGAGCUUGGACUACUUAUCUUCUUCCUUUUCAUUGGAGUCAUCCUCUUCUCAAGUGCUGUCUACUUUGCUGAAGCAGAUGAGGAGGCAUCUCAGUUCAUUAGUAUCCCUGAUGCGUUCUGGUGGGCUGUGGUGUCCAUGACAACAGUAGGAUAUGGUGACAUGGUUCCCACUACCAUUGGAGGCAAGAUUGUGGGGUCACUCUGUGCCAUUGCUGGUGUACUGACCAUUGCCCUGCCUGUGCCUGUCAUCGUGUCCAACUUCAACUACUUCUACCACCGAGAGACGGAGGGUGAGGAGCAGGCCCAGUAUCUGCAGGUGACCAGUGUCCCAAAAAUACCUUCUUCUGAGGAGCUGAAGAAGAGCAGGAGUGCCUCCACCAUCAGCAAGUCAGACUACAUGGAAAUUCAAGAGGGAGUAAAUAACAGCAAUGAGGACUUCAGAGAGGAGAACCUCAAGACAGCUAACUGUACUCUGGCUAACACUAAUUACGUCAACAUCACCAAGAUGCUCACGGAUGUAUAACAGCUGGGAUAAUUUAGCCAUGGGUGGGGGGCUGGGAAGGGUGGAAAGGGAUCAGCCUCCAAUUUUGGAGGAUAUGGAACCAAGACAUGGAUCCAGGAAGAGAUAAGAGAAUCUCAAAAGUGAGCAGAGAGUAUGCAGGGAACGCAUAACCCCUCAACCUCCCCACCCUUUUCCCCACCUCCGAUUCUCCAUGUCCCAGAUCCUCUAAUUCUGCAUCCUAGUUUUGGUGUCUGCAUGGAGUUAGUCUUAUCUGUGUGACUGUUCAGUAGUUGUGGUCCUGCUUGAAACAGUAGCCAAACAGUAGCCAAAAAAGUAGCAUAGAGGGAUCCUGACUCCAGCCCAAACAUCCCUCAGCUCUCCUACACCUCACUCAAACCUCUGCGCCCCUCUUGUGCCCUGUCCUUGAAGAUAAAAUGCAUUUCUUUGCAUCCCCAAAGAGUACCAAUUGUGUGCUUUCUCUUACUGUUUCCUGCAUUCUUGGGUACAUCAAAACGGAAGGCCCAAGAUAAUGAAAAACACAAAAGGAAAAUAUCCUGUUGAGCUUACAGUUUACAGUCUACAGAUCACAGUCGAUUUUGCUGUAACCUCCAGCAGCCUAUCAGAAUUAUCUGAGGAAUGCUGUGAUCAGCAUUAUGUAAGGGACACUUAAUGGCACCUGUGAGUAAUUUACCCAUAGGGGUGACACAUGCUAUUUUCAGCUGACAUCAGUAUCAAAACUAGCCUGAUCAUUUGCCCUAUAAUUUCCUGCCAUAUUUGUUUUCAUUUGUGCCUGAAGAGCAAAGGAGUGUGUGACACUCUUCACUUUCCUGAGCUAGAUUUUCAGUGAAGUGGAGGCUUGCAAACAUUGAAAGCGUAAUGAAUGUCUAUCAUUUUUAUUUGUUUGUUUAUUCAUGUGUCUGUCGUUGUCUGGCUCCGCAUUUCAACUGUGCUUGGUGCCUGAUUUUGUGACAAAGGUUAGCUAAAAGGCUCUUUUCCCCUGCAUUAUGUAGACGCAAACCUGAGGGAAAAAGAAGCAAAUUAAAAUGGCUACAUGGUGAUGAAUCAUUCCAUCCGUUUUUUUCUUCCAACAACUCCUCCCUUCCCUAUUUAUUUGCAUUCCAAAUUCAUAUGUGAUAUAUUACCAGGGGCUUCUGCUCUAAUAAUGCAACACUCUCAUAACUAGAGCUCCUGUAGGUUGGAAGAACCAUAUUGACAUUUAACUGUGACAUUGCAACUUAAUAAAAGCAAAUGACAUUCCUAGCUCACUUUUCAGGUCACCAAAGAUUAGUUCACUGCCGCCCAACAGAUAUGUGUAUCAUUAAUUUGAGUUUGAUUUGUGUGCUCAUUUAUUUUUAUCUUUUUUUUUCUUCUUAAGUUGUGUUCAUUCUCAAAUGCUGGAGAUACUUUGGUGGAACCUGUAAAAUAAUAUACUUCCUCUUAAACGCAUUUUAAGAAAAUCAGCUAUUCUAUUAUUCCAAUGUUGCAUGACUGAAACAUUCUUUGUGGCAUGCAUUUCAGUACUUACAAUAUUUUAAACAAAACCAGUAAUAAUAAUGGUAAUACAUAUCUAACAAUAUAUAUUUUUCUGCGUGAGAUAUUAACGCUAUGUGCAAUAUAUAAAAAAAACAAGUGUCUUUUUAUAGCUGUGUGAGUUUUUGCUACUGGUUAAUUUAAUGGUUUUUGUUUGGAACACUGAUACUGUAGGUCACUUUCAGGGUUCAUCCACUUGAAGGUUGGUCAUUUUGCCUCAGGUAAAAUUACUGUAGUGGAAUACCAGAUGGUCAAAGAAAUCAGGACAUUAGAAGGCUUAUAAUAAGUUCUCUUUUGGGACUAAAACAUUGCCAAUUGUUCAAAGAAACAAAAGUGAAACAAAUCUGAUGGUCUGGAUGUAAGCUUCACCCUAUCCCUUAAAAUUCUGCUAAGCUUGGAUUUAUUCGGAUUGGUCUUAUUGCUUUUACACAUGGGUCAAAAUACGAUGUAUUUCUUUAGAAAUGCUGGAUAGUUUUCUUCAAUACAUUUCAGGACGGGCUUACAGAUCUUGUUUCAGAACAACAUGUUAAUUGCUGUUUAUAUUCCUGUAUCUCACAAUUCUUUUCCUAAAGAAGAAGUUACUGUUCCUUUAAAAAAUGUUGCAGGGCUUACUGUCUGUGACAGGGUGAGGAGCUCGGCAGUAUGGAAGGACCAUGGGGCAGAGUUGCUGCAACUCUGGAUUGGAAGGAGUCAAUUCAGGUGGUCUGGGCAUCUGGUGCGGAUGUCCCCCACUGCCUCCUGCUGGGGAUGCAACAGGCAUGGCCCACUGGGAACAGACCUAGGGGCAGACCCAGUACAUGCUGGAAGGAUUAUAUCUCUCUUCUGGUCUGGGAGUGCCUGGGAGUCCCCCAGGAGGAGCUGGAGACUGUUGCUGGGGGAAGAGAUGUCUGGUCUGGCCUGCUCUGCCUGUUACCACCGUGACCCUCACCAGGAGUCAGCUGUUAGAAAACUAGCUGAGAUGAAAAAGACUGCUGUAAGAGUUCUGUGGGCAAUAUUGAAAUUAUCAUCUUAAAUGCUUGGAGACUCUGCUUCAGUGUCAUUUUUAUUAGAAUAAACUCUAUGCCCCAUUUGUGCCAAGCACCUUCAUUGAAAUAUUAAAGUGGCUUCUUCUUAAGGCCAGAGAACCAAGUGUACUGCUUAUACAGGGUCUGUAAGCUCUUAUAUUUUCAUGUAGAUAUGUAACUUCUGUUCAUCUGCUAAACUGUAUUACCUGUAUUUUCCUUUUUAAAUAAGGAAUAGCCUUUUUUUCUCAUUGAUAUUACAAAGAGAAGAUUUCUGAUUGUAAACUAAAGGCACGCAAAGACCUUUUGGUGGGGGAGAAAAAUGCCAACCUUCUUGUGUGAUACUAGUUCAUUCCAAAAUACUUUAUAAUUCCUAGCUAAUGCCGCAGUAUCUAUCAAGGCUGAUGUGUUUGUGUUUUGGGUAGCUUUUUGACUGGAAAAGGAGCCAAGGUGUUACCCCUUUGUGCUUCUUGAGUUUGAGUAACAUUGAGAGAAAAAUAUGAGUGUAUGAGAUUUUCUGGAAUUGUUUGAUAAGUAGAAAAAGAUAAACAACUGUAAUUGCACUUUUCUUUCCAACCUUACCCUCCACUGGUGUUCUGUCCAGCUCACCAGAGCAGCCCAUACUUUACAGGUAUGGCAUCUGAGUGUGUGCAUGUAGUCAUAGACACGAAAGCAACCAGUUUUGGCACCUUUCCAUAGGAACUCAAAAGGCUAAGAAGGACCUGGAUCUCAUACAAAACAACCAAAAGUGACAAAAGGAUAAUCAUACCAAAAGACCACAGGAAAAAAUCUGUUUGGAGAAACAGCAAAAACAAAACUAUAUGAGACUGCACUUUCUGGACUCCAGCCUAUGGACCUAUGGAUUUCUCCAAUUGGAAAUUAGAAAUUUAUCACACGUUCUAAAGCUGCAUAAUUAUAGUACCCAAAGCUAUAAUUUUGUGCAUAUACAGUAUAAAAAUAUAUACAUAGAAGUGAUUAUAUUAACACACAGCUUUGACUUAUAUUAUAUACUGUCGAAUGCAAAUGUUGUUAUCAUUGUCUUAAAUGCAAGAUUUGGCUUUAAAUUACUGUAUCUUCUGGCUUGUACAGUGAUAAACAUCCACUCCCAGGAAACUGGGCACCGCUAACUGCAACUAUAUUCUAAUGACAAAGCUAAUAAAUGUACUAACAGUAUCAUAGCACUAGCCAUAGUUUUUGGAUACUUUGAGCACAACAAAAAACAAACAAAAAAGCUAUUACAAUCAAAGUUAUUGUAAGAGCUUUACAAAUUCUUGUCUUCUAUGAAAACAUUAGAGACUGUUUCCUUAAUAUUUCUUUAUUUUGUGCUGUUGCCUGGGUCAAAAUUAGUACUUCAUUGUGUCAGGUUUGUUUUGACCAUUCCAGGACCAUAUUGUAUAUAAAAUCCACAUCCAUACAUACACCAGACUUAUCUAACGUGUGCAUAUGUAACAUACUUUCAAUUUAUACAGACAUAGACAAAACUAUAUAUAUGAAUAUGUAUAUAUAGUUGUAAGUAUAUGUCCAAGAGAUUCAGGCAGCUACUCUUUUGCAGCCAGCCUGUCUGAGCUCCUUGCCACAAGUCUUAAAUGCUGCUGCAUUUAAGGGAGAGAGAGAAGCUCUGAAAUGUACUGUGCAGCCUUUGUUUCAAGGAGACAGUAUUGAUUUGUUACAUGUAUUGGAAAAUCUAUGCUGUUUUCAUCUGCACAUGUCCUCCCUGCCUUGCCUCUGCUGCAAAUAUCCUGUCAUGUGGCAACCAGAGCCUCUGAAAGGCUCCUUUAAUCUCCGGCAGAUUCAUCGCCAUUUAAGAUCCAGGCACAGACACAUGUGCUGAGUCAUAUGCAACCUUGAGUGUGUCUGUGUGUGUGUAUGCAUGUGUGUGGUGUGUUAUUGUGAAUCAACAGAGAAAUCCACUGAUUGAUUGUGCCUCAGCCUGCUUUUUAUUACCCAUAAAGGUUACCUGACAGCUGACUUACCCUAUGAAGCUUUUUUUUUU